AUGGCGUUGGACUUGAAAGGUGGUGUGGGUGCCACCGUCACAGUGAAGGGUGUGGCUACUUCUACUUCAAGUGGAGUAGCUGUAGUUGCAGGUGCAGUUACUUCAAUUUCAAAUGGGACUGAUGCGGCUACUUCAACGUCGACUGGUGGCUGUAUCUGUACCACAAUAUGUGUGAGUGUGACUGCAGGUUCAAGCCGAAGCAACUGUGUAUGGGAAGACCGCUAUAGCGCGGAAGUGGCUGCAAAUUUUCAUCAUAAAGCUCGCAAGAGAUUAGCGGAUGCUUUCUCCGAUGCUAGAAAGAAGAACAAGAGGCCUGGUAACAAGCUUGAUGUUAGCGAGCAUCUUAGAAGUAAAAAGAUCCAGGAGCUAAUUGAUUUUUGUCACAAGAGUGCCAACAAUGGUGAAGCAGUGAAUAUUGGCAGAGCAGCUUUUAGAACUUCCUUGAAUUUGCUGUCAAACACUAUUUUCUUUAAAGAUUUGACUGACCCAUUUUCUGAUUCCGCUAAGGAAUUUAAGGACUUGGUGUGGAACAUUAUGGUCGAGGCUGGUAAACCAAAUUUGGUGGACUAUUUCCCUUUUCUUGAGAAAAUUGAUCCACAACGUAUAAGGCAACGCAUGACCGAUCAUCUUACUAAGGUUCUUGACCUUAUGAGUGGUUUGAUUGAGCUAAGAGUAAGCAAAGUAUGA